CCUGGUUCGUGUUCCCGACUGAGGUUCUAGGGGCCACGCAACAACAGGUUUGGACCCCCAGAGCCAUUCCUCAUUUGCCUACCUCCUACCAACAUGGUCCGCAUUACCUCGAUCGCCGCCUUCGCCGCGUCCGCGUCCGCCACGGUCUCCCUUCGCACCCUCCGCGACUUGGAAACGUCUUCCACCGUGAAAGUGUUGGUCACGUACCGCAAGGGUUCCGGCCUCGCCAAGCUCAACAUCGAGUCUCUGUCCCGCGAAGAACGCUCCCAAUCUGUGUUGAACACGUUGACCGCCGAGAACUUUGCCAUCACGGCGUCGGCUGUCGAGCUCGCGAAAUCCGCCGGUGUCGAGUACACGCAAUACUGGAUCGACUCUGUUGUCGCCAUCGAGGGUGCCACCAAGGAGCUCGUGGCGCAGCUCGCCGCCCUCCCUAACGUCGAAAGCGUCGCGUCCGUGGAAGUGUACCAAAUUCCUGCGGUCCAAGACGAGACCCGCACCGUCAUCGCUGCCAACUCCACCAACGAAUGGGGGGUGGAGAUUAUCAAGGCCCCUGCGACGUGGAUCCUCGGCAACAAGGGCAAGGGCAUCGUCGUGGCCAACAUCGACACGGGUGUACGCGGCACCCACGAAGCGCUGGCUGCCAACUUCCGCUCGGCCAACGGCUGGUACGAGCCUGCCACGAACUCGUCGGCCCCUAACGAUCGGCACGGACAUGGCACCCACACUAUCGGCACCAUCGCCGGAAACAACGGCAUCGGUGUAGCCCCCGAAGCCAAGUGGAUCGCGUGCGUCGGGUGCCCCGCCGGCUCGUGCCCCCAAACCGACUUGCUCACGUGUGCCCAGUACAUUGUGUGCCCCACUGACACCAAUGGCCAAAACCCCGACUGCAAGCUCACCCCCCACGUCGUCAACAACUCGUGGGGCUCCACCCAAAACGGCAACACCUGGUACGAAGCUGCCAUCCUCGCGUGGCGCAAGGCGGGUAUCAUCCCAGUCUUCUCCAACGGGAACGCUGGCCCCAACUGCGGCACCGUCGGCUCCCCCGGUGAUUCACCGUCUGUCAUUGCCGUGGGUGCCACCGACGCAACUGACCUCUUGGCCAGCUUUAGCUCCAAGGGCCCGGAACCCCUCCAGAAGCGCUUCAAGCCGGAUGUGUCUGCCCCCGGCAAGUCCGUCCGCUCGGCUGGCUCGGCCUCCGACACUGCCUACGCCACCUUCUCGGGGACCUCCAUGGCUGCCCCUCACACCGCCGGCGCGGUGGCGUUGAUCUUGGGCGCCAAGCCGGGUUCCACUUACGAAACCGUGUACAAGUUGAUCACGGACACCGUCGACACGGCCUCGUUGAAGCCAUCCGGCGCCAACUGCGGCGGUGUCAGUGAUGCCACUUACCCCAACAACGACUUCGGUUACGGUCGUAUCAACGUGUUCAAGGCGACUUCGUCGGGCCCGGCCCCUUCGUCCCCUGCCCCCACCACCACCAAGCCCGCUUGCUAAAUCUAGAGAUUUCACUCGUGUACGUAUCCUUGACAGCGUUGUUAAGAAUGCCAUGUCCGUG